AAAAAAAGAAAUUUCAUAGAAUUUUAGUAUACUUAUUGUUUAAGUUAAUAAUCUUACUUUAGUAUUAUACAUAAAAAGGAAAGAACACUUGUUCAUAUAUAACAAUCGCGUUUGUUAUCCUAUAAUAAUAAAACUCAAAACCUACAGAAUCACACCAUUGUAAAUCUAUUAUUUGCAAGACAUAAACUCAUUAGUCCUGUUCUCGUAUUGUGCUAAAGCUUCUUUCUUUCAUAUCAAUAUAUAUAUAUAUAUAGUAUUAAUUGCUGGGACACUAGUUCUUAAGGUUAAGGUGAGUGUUUGAGUUCAGAGAGAAAUUAAAGAGUGAGAUUUUGGAGCUUUGAAGUGAUGGCUUCCACGCUGGUACUGGUUCUGGUCUUCAUUUUUGAUUUGGUUGCUUUUGCUCUUGCUGUUGCUGCUGAGCAGAGAAGGACUACUGCAAGGUUAGUAAAGGAAGUUGAUUACACCUAUUGUGUGUAUGACAAAGAUAUUGCAACCGGCUUAGGCGUGGGGGCGUUUUUGUUCUUGUGUGUCAGUCAAAUUCUUAUAAUGGUAGUGAGCCGAUGCUUGUGCUGUGGGAAGGCCUUGAGGCCAAGCAGUUCGAGGUCUUGGGCCAUAGCUCUGUUCAUCUCUAGCUGGAUAUUCUUUGCCAUUACAGUGUCAUGUUUGCUCUCUGCAUCUGUUUCAAAUGUCGUUCACACCAAGUACAGGAGAUCCUUGUCAUGUAAGGUAGUGAGGAAAGGUUUCUUUGGAGCUGGAGCUGCAUUUAUUGUGUUUACAGGUAUAGCUACAGAGCUCUUUUACGUUAGUUUCUCCAAGGCGAACGACAGUCAUGCGACUUACGCCAGGGACACUGGUGUGAGAAUGGGGAACCUGUAGUCUAAUUCUCAUGAAGAGGAAAAAAUGAUUCAAAGAAGAGCAUUGCUAUGGGACACUCAUAGUGCCUGACACUACCUUGUGUUGAUUGUGCAAAUUAGUAUCAAAUUUUAUAUAUUUUAUUUUAAUUUAAAUA